GUCCUCGCUGAGGCCGCGCGUCCCGGAGGCGCCCGGCCUCGGCGCGAGGCAGGCCGGGAAAUCCAAGAUGGACCCUUCCAUUUGAGUUCUUCGCAUGCCUUCGCGUCUGUGGUAACCCGCCGCGGCCCGUUCUUGCCCCUGCUUCUGGGAGGGAAAGGGGAUGAAAAGCUGUGGCGGCCGACGAGCCCUCGUGACCGUCCUGCCGCCGCUCUCGGGCCUCCGAGGCCCCUGCGCCUGCUGGGAGCAGCCGGGGCUUACAAGCGCCUGACGCGUCCCGAGUCACUCAGAAAUAAUGUUGAUAUUUGGAACCCAUGUCGAACUUCUUUGAAGAAAGGGCAACGAUGAUUGCAGCCGGGGAUUUGCAGGAAUUCGUUCCUUUUGGUCGUGACCACUGCAAGCACCACCCUAAUGCUUUGAACCUUCAGCUUCGUCAGCUGCAGCCAGCCUCAGAACUGUGGUCUUCGGAUGGUGCAGCUGGCUUGGUGGGAUCUCUUCAGGAGGUUACAAUCCACGAGAAACAGAAGGAAAGCUGGCAGUUAAGAAAAGGUGUGAGUGAGAUUGGCGACACAGCUGACUACGAUGAAGAGCUCUAUGUGGCCGGGAACAUGGUUAUCUGGAGCAAAGGGAGUAAAAGCCAGGCGCUGGCGGUCUACAAAGCCUUCACAGUGGAUAGCACCGUCCAGCAGGCAUUGUGGUGUGACUUCAUUACAUCACAGGAUAAGUCGGAAAAGACCCACAAGAGCCAUGAAGUAGAGAAAUGCAUAUGUAUUUUACAGAGCUCAUGUAUGAACAUGCACAGCAUAGAUGGGAAGGAUUAUAUAGCUUCCUUGCCAUUUCAGGUGGCAAAUGUUUGGGCCACUAAAUAUGGUUUGCUCUUUGAACGAAGCAGCUCUUCACAGGAGGUGCCUCCAAGCCUGCCUAGAGAACCUUUGCCUACUAUGUUCAGCAUGCUGCACCCGCUAGAUGAAAUAACUCCACUUGUUUGUAAAUCUGGAAGUCUUUUUGGCUCAUCACGGGUACAAUAUGUCGUAGAUCCUGCCGUGAAAAUUGUGUUUCUCAACAUUGACCCCUCCAUUGUAAUGACCUACGAUGCUGUUCAGGGUGUGCAUUCUGUGUGGACUCUCCGGAGGGUGAAGCCAGAGGAAGAGAAUGCUGUUUUGAAGUUCCCUGACCAGGCGGGGACACUGCAGAAUGCAGCCACUAGCAGCUCCCUCACAGCACAUCUCAGAAGCCUCUCCAAAGGCGAAUCUCCCGUGGCUUCACCUUUCCAGAAUUACUCCUCCAUUCACAGCCAGAGUCGCUCGGCCUCAUCACCCAGUCUGCACUCCCGUUCGCCUUCCAUUUCCAACAUGGCAGCUCUAAGUCGUGCUCAUUCUCCUGCCUUAGGUGUGCACUCUUUCUCAGGGGUGCAAAGAUUCAACCUUUCAAGCCAUAAUCAGUCACCAAAGAGACACAGUGUUUCUCAUUCUCCGAGUGGCAGUUUCAACGACUCAUUUUUGGCACCAGAAACAGAGCCAAUUAUUCCUGAGCUGUGCAUUGACCACCUGUGGACUGAGACACUUCCCAAUACAAGAGAGAAAAAUUCUGCGGCCUCGAAGGUAUUUAUAACGACUGACCUGUGUGGGCAGAAGUUCCUGUGCUUUUUAGUGGAGACCCAGCUUCAGUUACGCUGUGUGAAGUUUCAAGAGAGCAAUGACAAGACCCAGCUCAUCUUUGGUUCUGUCACCAACGUACAUGCAAAAGAUGCAGCGCCAGUGGAGAAGAUAGACACCAUGUUGGUACUGGAAGGCAACGGGAACCUGGUGCUGUACACUGGAGUGGUUCGGGUGGGGAAGGUUUUCAUUCCUGGGCUUCCUGCUCCUUCCCUGACAAUGUCCAACAUGAUGCCUCGGCCUAGCACCCCGCUUGAUGGGGUUAGCACCCCCAAACCUCUCAGCAAGUUACUUGGAUCAAUGGACGAGGUGGUUCUGUUGUCUCCAGUUCCAGAAUUGAGGGAUUCUUCAAAACUUAAUGAUUCUCUCUACAAUGAGGAUUGCACUUUCCAGCAGCUUGGAACUUACAUUCAUUCCGUGCGAGACCCUGUUCAUAACAGAGUCACUCUGGAACUGAGUAAUGGCUCCAUGGUUAGGAUCACUAUCCCUGAAGUGGCCACCUCAGAAUUAGUACAAACAUGUCUGCAAGCAAUCAAGUUCAUCCUGCCAAAAGAAAUAGCAGUUCAGAUGCUUGUCAAGUGGUACAAUGUCCACAGUGCUCCAGGAGGACCCAGUUAUCACUCAGAAUGGACUUUAUUUGUGAUUUGUCUCUUGAACAUGAUGGGUUAUAACACCGACCGCUUAGCCUGGACCCGAAGUUUCGACUUUGAAGGAUCACUUUCUCCAGUCAUUGCACCCAAAAAAGCGAGGCCUUCUGAUACUGGAUCUGACGAUGACUGGGAAUAUUUACUGAAUUCAGACUACCAUCACAAUGUGGAGUCUCAUCUUCUGAACAGAUCUUUAUGUUUGAGUGCUUUGGAUACUGCAAAGGCAAAAGAUGAUGAUGUUUCACAGAACCUCAGUCUGGAUUCUUCUACUCUUCUUUUUGCUCACAUUCCUGCAAUUUUCUUUGUUCUUCACUUGGUUUAUGAAGAGCUCAAGUUGAAUACUCUAAUGGGAGAAGGGAUUUGUUCUCUUGUGGAUCUUCUUGUUCAGUUGGCAAGGGACUUAAAAUUGGAACCUUACAUGGAUCAUUACUUCAGAGAUUACCCAACUCUUGUCAAAACAACUGGACAAGUGUGUACAAUUGACCAAGGUCAGAUGGGAUUCAUGCAUCAGCCCUCAUUUUUCACUUCUGAGCCGCCAAGUAUUUAUCAGUGGGUGAGUUCUUGUCUGAAGGGCGAAGGAAUGCCACCCUAUCCCUACCUCCCUGGGGUCUGCGAGAGGAGCAGGCUGGUGCUUUUGAGUGUUGCACUCUACAUCCUUGGUGAUGAGAGUUGCGUUUCGGAUGAAGCCUCCCAGUAUUUAUCCAAAGUAACCUUAACCCCCCAAAAGCCACAAGCAGAACAAGAAGAAAACAGGUUUACUUUCCGGCAUUCUGCUUCAGUUUCUAGUCUAGCCGAAAAAUUAGUUGUCUGGAUGACCAAUGUAGGAUUCACUUUAAGAGAUCUGGAGACUCUUCCCUUUGGAAUUGCUCUUCCCAUCAGAGAUGCAAUAUAUCACUGUCGGGAGCAGCCUGACUCAGACUGGUCAGAAGCUGUCUGUCUCUUGAUUGGACGUCAGGAUCUUUCCAAACAAGCUUGUGAAGGAAAUUUACCCAGAGGCAAAUCUGUGCUCUCGUCAGAUGUGUCUUCAGGAACUGAGGCUGAGGAGGAAGACGACGGCAUGAAUGACUUGAAUCAUGAGGUUAUGUCAUUAAUAUGGAGUGAAGACUUACGGGUGCAGGAUGUGCGAAGGCUGCUUCAGAGUGCACACCCUGUCCGGGUCAAUGUGGUGCAGUACCCGGAACUCAGUGACCACGAGUUCAUUGAAGAGAAGGAAAACAGACUGCUCCAGUUGUGCCAGCGAACUAUGGCCCUUCCAGUAGGACGAGGAAUGUUUACUUUGUUUUCGUACCAUCCUGUUCCAACAGAGCCAUUGCCUAUUCCUAAAUUGAAUCUGACAGGGCGAGCCCCUCCACGAAACACAACUGUAGAUCUUAAUAGUGGAAACAUUGAUGUGCCUCCCAAUAUGACAAGUUGGGCCAGCUUCCAUAAUGGCGUGGCUGCUGGCCUGAAGAUAGCCCCUGCCUCCCAGAUAGACUCAGCUUGGAUUGUCUACAACAAGCCAAAGCAUGCCGAGUUAGCCAAUGAGUACGCCGGCUUUCUCAUGGCCUUGGGUCUGAAUGGGCACCUUACCAAGCUGGCUACUCUGAAUAUCCAUGACUACUUGACCAAGGGCCAUGAAAUGACAAGCAUUGGAUUGCUCCUUGGUGUUUCUGCUGCGAAACUCGGCACCAUGGACAUGUCAGUUACCCGGCUUCUUAGCAUUCACGUCCCUGCUCUCUUACCACCGACGUCCACAGAGCUUGAUGUGCCUCACAAUGUCCAAGUGGCUGCUGUGGUUGGCAUUGGCCUUGUUUAUCAGGGCACAGCUCACAGGCAUACUGCGGAAGUCCUGUUGGCUGAAAUAGGGCGGCCCCCUGGUCCAGAAAUGGAAUAUUGCACUGACAGAGAGUCCUACUCCUUAGCUGCUGGCCUGGCCCUGGGCAUGGUUUGCUUGGGGCAUGGCAGCAAUUUGAUUGGUAUGUCUGACCUUAAUGUGCCUGAGCAGCUGUAUCAGUACAUGGUCGGAGGUCACAGGCGCUUUCAGACUGGAAUGCACAGGGAGAAACAUAAGUCUCCAAGCUACCAAAUUAAAGAAGGAGAUACCAUAAACGUGGAUGUGACUUGUCCAGGUGCCACUCUGGCUUUGGCUAUGAUCUACUUAAAAACCAAUAACAGAUCUAUUGCUGACUGGCUGAGAGCUCCGGAUACCAUGUAUUUGCUGGACUUUGUGAAGCCUGAAUUUCUCUUGCUUAGGACGCUUGCUCGGUGCCUGAUUUUGUGGGAUGAUAUUUUACCAAAUUCCAAGUGGGUUGACAGCAAUGUUCCUCAGAUUAUAAGAGAAAAUAGUAUCUCUUUGAGUGAAAUUGAAUUGCCUUGCUCAGAGGACUUGAAUUUGGAAACCUUGUCGCAAGCACACGUCUACAUAAUCGCAGGAGCCUGCUUGUCUCUGGGUUUUCGAUUUGCCGGCUCAGAAAACUUAUCAGCAUUUAACUGUUUGCAUAAAUUUGCAAAAGAUUUUAUGAAUUAUUUAUCUGCACCCAAUGCUUCAGUGACAGGACCCUACAACCUUGAAACCUGCCUGAGUGUUGUCCUGCUGUCUCUUGCCAUGGUGAUGGCUGGCUCUGGGAACCUGAAGGUAUUGCAGCUCUGUCGCUUCCUGCAUAUGAAGACGGGUGGAGAGAUGAACUAUGGCUUCCACUUGGCCCACCACAUGGCUCUGGGCCUCCUGUUUUUGGGAGGAGGAAGGUACUCUCUGAGCACAUCCAACUCAUCCAUUGCUGCUCUCCUCUGCGCCCUUUACCCACACUUCCCUGCCCACAGCACUGACAACCGGUAUCAUCUCCAGGCCCUCCGUCACCUCUAUGUGCUGGCUGCAGAACCAAGGCUCCUGGUCCCCGUGGAUGUGGAUACAAACACGCCCUGCUAUGCCCUGAUAGAAGUCACUUACAAGAGCACUCAGUGGUAUGAACAGACCAAAGAAGAACUGAUGGCGCCAACCCUUCUUCCAGAACUUCAUCUUUUAAAGCAGAUGAAAGUUAAAGGGCCAAGGUACUGGGAGCUGCUCAUAGAUUUAAGCAAGGGAGAACAGCACUUGAAGUCUAUUCUCUCCAAGGAUGGAGUUUUAUAUGUAAAGCUCAGAGCAGGCCAGCUCUCCUACAAAGAAGAUCCAAUGGGGUGGCAGAGUUUGUUGGCACAGACUGUUUCUAACAGGAACUCGGAAGCCCGGUCUUUCAAGCCAGAAACGAUUUCAUCAUUCACUUCUGAUCCAGCACUUCUGUCGUUUGCUGAAUAUUUCUGCAAGCCAACUGUGAACAUGGGUCAAAAACAGGAGAUCCUGGACCUCUUUUCUUCAGUACUGUAUGAGUGUGUUACUCAGGAGACCCCAGAGAUGUUGCCUGCCUACAUCGCAAUGGAUCAGGCUAUAAGAAGUCUUAAAAAGAGAGACAUGUCAGACACAUCUGCUCUUUGGCAGAUAAAGUUGAUAUUAGAGUUUUUCAGUUCACGAAGCCACCAGGAAAGGCAGCAGAACCAGCCGAAGCGAGGGCUCUUCAUGAGCUCCGAGUUCCUGCCUGUGGUGAAGUGCACUAUUGAUGCCACCCUGGACCAGUGGCUGCGAGCUGGAGGUGAUGCGUGUGUGCACGCCUACCUCAGCGGGCAGCCUGUUGAGAAGUCUCAGUUAAGCAUGCUGGCCUGCUUCCUUGUCUACCACUCUGUGCCAGCUCCUCGACACUUGCCACCUCUGGGACUGGAAGGAAGCACGAGCUUUGCUGACCUCCUCUUCAAGUUCAGACAGCUGAAGAUGCCAGUCCGAGCUCUGCUAAGACUAGCUCCUUUGCUGCUUGGAAAUCCACAGCCCAUGGUUAUGUGACCAUGUCUGGUGGAAAGCCCACCCCAAAAAUGACUGCGGCACAGAAUCAUGAUGGCAGCAAAGCUAAGGCAGCCUUUCUGUUUUGUGACCAGUGGAACUCAUACCACUCGCUGUAUUCAGUAUCUGUGUUGAAAACAUUACAGAUACGCUGUUGCUGUCCACGUGUCAUACGAUAUAUAAAAGUCAGUUAAAAUUCACUUUUAGUAAAUAAAGGUCUUUGGUUUGUUUUCAA